AUGUUACUCCGGAUGCCCUGCUCCGGCUCCCUCUGCCCCAGACGGCCUCCAGGGGCUGCUCCCCCUCGCGGGAAACUCCUGCGAGGUCGAUGUGGUGGGGCUAGGGCGGUCCUCAGAGCGGUCGACGGCUUGGCUGAUCCUCCCACCUCCACCGGCGCAGCGAUUCCCGUCCACACCGUCACUGUCCACGACAGGGAGCGCGGGGUCGUCCACCAGUUCCAGGUCCCAGAGGUGCGGCGCGAUUCCUGCUUUUAGUAGUCCUGGUUUUCUUCUUGCUUAAUCUAGGGAGAAUCUGAUGUGUGUCCGAUUUCAUGCUGCCUCCAUAGGAUCAAUACAUCCUGCACACUGCCGAGGACCAGAGUAUCUCCCUGCCAUUUGCUUGCAGGCACGGUACUAUCUCCUUCUCUCAUCCUUCGCAGGGCAUUUUCUAUCUUCCUGACCUAAAGACUCUCUAGUCAGAUACAGCGCGUUUCUCUGCAGGAUCCAUCUUACUUUCCCCGUCAAACCAUCUCGACCGUCGGGAAAUCUAGUUUGCACGCUCAGACAUCAAAGAAUCCGCUGUCUUCGUUGUUUUCUGUCGAGUUGUGAAGUAUGAGGGGUUUGGGCUAAAUAUGGAUUAAUUUGUGAACUUUCCGGAUGAGAGUGGAACAUGGACAGUAAUCUUCGUUUAAUCGCACUUAUCUAUAAAAUUAAAGAAGGAGGAGAUGAGCUUAGUGAAGGUGUAAAUGCCGCUCUGACCGCGCGUUCGUAGUGAAUUACAUGAUAUAUGUGCUUACCGCCGAUGGCACUCUUAUAACCCCCCGUUUUUAAAGCGGAUGUCUCGGGCUUUUCCUUUGUGAGGCCAGCCUCUGCGCAUGAUACAAGGAGAGUUUGAAAACUCAGAGAUUUAACUCCUGAUUAAGUUCCUACUUUUAUUUUUACGAACACGAUGAAUGCUUAGUGAAGUAAUGUAAAUCCACCAUGGAUGUAUGGGCUCGAAUAAUCUUCUUGAAAUGUGAUGGCAGCUACAUGAAUUUUCCUGAUGUAAUUCCUUUUUUGGGAGCAUUAAGUUAAUGGCCUUCGUAAUCGAGUUGGGUUUUGGUUUACAGGCUGCUGCACUAGUUGUGCUGUGAGAGUGAAGUCUGGGCAGAUACGACAGCCAGAGGCUCUUGGCAUAUCUCCAGAAUUGAAAUCCCAGGUUAGUCUGAGGGUAUUUAUUUGUAAAUCAAAUGAUAUACCAAGAACACUUUAUCAUGCUUGAGCUGGAUUUCUGCCAUAAGACUUUUAGAAUAUUGGUGGAGCACUCAAUUUUUUUUCUUUUUUCGACAUGUGAAUGGAGAACAUCCCGUAAUCAUUCAAGUUAAGAGCAGAAAAGGACUCGUUAUCUUUGAAAAUCGCUCUAUGCGUAUUACAUGUUCAAUUUUUUUUUAGAAUGUUGCACUAAGCAUACGGUGAUUGAUACAUAUGAUGAUACAGAAAAAUUGGCCAUCACUCCCUAACAAUGUUGCUGGACACUUUGGCGCUGUUCAUGAUGCGCAGUGGUAGAAAAGAUAUCUACCCAUGCUCGAGACUCCUUGACUUUUGAUAUAGCGGUAAAAGCUUGGUCAUGUGAAUAUAUUGUUCAGCUUUGUUGAUCGAUUUUGACCAUAGCAAAACCCUGACAAAUCAUUAUUCAGUCUCGAUUAGAUUCCGCGCAUGAAAUUCAUGCAAACGAAUACGGGGUCGACUAGCCAGAAAUACCCUGAAAAUGUGACAAUUAUGGGUUGGAUUGGCCCUCCAAAGGUCUGAGGCAAAUCUCCUUAAAACUGAGUUCCUGUUUAGACAGAAGUGCUAUCAUGGAGAAAGUCGUCGGCCCUUUAUGCUAAAGAGCCAAUCCGUUGACCGUGUGCAACUUCAUGUUAUGGUGUCGAUACUUUUCAAUCAAGUAUCGACCCAUGCAUGAAUUGUCUACAAUCAUCCCAAAAGUAUCGGUGUAUGCAGGCAGGACAGAUGGCCAGCUUUUUUAAGCGUCAACAUCUACAGCUAGGAGGGUCAUUCGAGGAGAAGUAUCCAGGUGUCGACAUAGAUUAUCACAUGACAACGCCUGGAGGCUUCAAGUGUUGAUGUCCUGGUUUCUGACCUUGGCAACACCCAGAGAUAGUGUUAGGCAAUCCUAUUUAAGGCGUUGAUGCUGGAAGUCUAAGUGGCGCACACUGAUCACCACAGUGGAACUCAGUGUCAUUGGCUGAAAUAUGCAUGUUAUCAACAUCUGAAAACUCAACGGUCGUAAUUCUUGAAAAAGCAAACCGGGAGGAAAAAAAUAUUGAAAACUAAAUCUACUAAUAGUAGUUUUAAAGGUGGAAUAUUUUUCAAUGGAUGUGUCCCCUCCUCACGUGAGGAAUCAAUCUAGCAUACGCAAAUCUAAGAGUUCAAGAGAUAGAAGUUGAUCCUCUACAGAUCUCACACAUGCUCAAGUGAGCUUCUCAAGCUUCAAGCCUUCCAAGCAUGUCGCAUUCCUAAAAUCCUGGGAAGUUCGUAGAUUACCACCUGUUCAUCUUUGAGCAUGUUUGACACUUGGCAAGAUUUUGCUUUAUUUGCUCAUAAUCCUCUGGAAGUAGACUUAGAAUGAAGCGCGGAUAACCUAGUGAACUCCCAAUGCGACUUUGGGGAUAUUAUGCUCACAAUGUUCUCUUCUUGAGGAGUAAUAACACGCAUGUGUUUAUACCCAUAUUAUGCUGAAUGUCUGUCACAAAUCACCCGUGUUAAACUAUUAAAUAAUUUGGAAAUAUAGAUAGUUGUAAGGAUUCCCAGGCAUUUGCUCAGUUCAUGAAAGAAAGUCGGGGCUUAUCAUAUCCAGAGAGCAGUUUUGUCUUGUUCACAGUCAAGUCACGCUGGAAUCAGCCGCUCCCAUUCGUAUUUCGUGCGGAGAAUCUUGAUUCUUGUAAUGAAAACAACGGAGAAAUAAUGGGACUGGUGGAAUCGGCAACUAAGGAAGAAGAUGAUAGAGUGAAGCUCCUGAUCGAUCAACCCUAUUUGACUCGAAAUGGACCCAACCCACCCGAUUCUGCAAACUAUUACAAUUAGAUGAGUGAAGAAAAUAAGCAUCAGCUCCUGUUAAAAGGAUUAGAGCUUCAUUGGCGCUCUCAGGCCAUGGUGGGGAGCAGUCUUUUUUUUCAUUAUCAAACUAAUUUGAUAUCUAUCGAAUAAUCUCUCAUUUUUACCCAGUAUUUCACUUCGAUUCUUUCUUUGUCUUGAUUUCAAGCUUUGUAACGCCGAUUUGGAUCUAAACUAAGAACCAUCUCAUGCCCAGGGCUAUGCUCUGCUCUGCGUGGGCUUCCCAUGUUCAGACCUGGAGGUGGAGACGCAAGACGAGGACGAGGUAAUAUUCUGAGAGGAAGCUCUCAGAUUAGUAGACUCUACUGCUAAUUUCAGUGAAUUCUGGCGGAUGGGUCUGAGUGUGACGUCUCCCUGUUUUCCAGGUCUACUGGCUCCAGUUUGGUCGGUACUUUGCUCGUGGCCCAGUGGUGAGUCUACUCCCCCACCCUUUUAUCCGCUAUCUUUUAUUAAUCCGAACUAUAGGGGCGCAUAGUUCCAUGAAUCUAUGCUGAUUUGAUGAUCUUCGGUUGAUACCUAAUCAGGAGAGGGAUGACUACGCGUUGGAGCUGGCCAUGGCAGAUGAGUAG